ACUGAAAGACAGCGACAGGGGUGAGAGUGGCUCACAAGCGUUUCAAAGUGAUUCUAUGGCGCUUCUCUAAUCUCGUCUACUUGCCUAGCUGUAGUAGUAGCCCCACCCCCCUCCUCAACACAUCUCUCACCUCCUUUGUAUCAUAAUCUCGCUACCAAAAGUCUCUCUCAUGAUAUAAUAUUUCUGCAAAAGAAAAAAAAAAAAAAAAAAGUGUUCUCUUCUUUUGGACCCAGAAAAGAAGAGUGAGAAAUUCCAAGUGUAGGUAGCAAACGUUGAAAGAAAGUGAAAGGCUUUUUCCUUUUUCUUUCUGAUCAGUCUCUGGUGUUGGUCAGCUUUUCAAAAUUUCGAUGGCAGAGUCGACGAGGUAUAUUUCCGAGGAGGAGCUAGCAAAGCACAACAAAAAUGGAGAUCUGUGGAUCUCUAUACAGGGUAAGAUUUACGAUGUCUCAAAAUGGACUCAAAAUCACCCCGGAGGCGAGCUUCCCUUGUUCAGUCUUGCCGGACAAGAUGUUACAGACGCGUUUAUUGCCUACCAUCCAGGCACUGCAUGGCAAUAUCUCGACCAGUUCUUCACUGGGUACUAUCUAAAUGGCUACUCUGUCUCUGAGGCAUCCAGAGAUUAUAGGAAACUCCUUAAUGAGUUCUCGAAACUGGGUUUGUUUGAAAAGAAAGGACAUGGCAUUUUGUUUUCUUUCUGUUUCAUCGCAAUGUUGCUCACCUUGAUUGUUUAUGGUGUCCUCUGUUCCGACAGCACUUGGGUUCAUCUAGGCUGUGGUGCUCUUUUGGGGUUUGUUUGGAUACAAACUGGGUGGAUUGGGCAUGACUCUGGUCACUACCAUAUCAUGACAAACCGAGGAUCCAAUCGCUUAGCUCAGAUCAUUUCUGGGAAUUGUCUUGCUGGAAUCAGCAUUAACUGGUGGAAGAGGAACCACAACGCUCAUCACAUUGCCUGUAACAGCCUCGAUUUCGACCCAGAUCUUCAGCACAUACCUUUAUUUGCGGUAUCUUCGAAAUUUUUCAGUUCUCUAACAUCCUGUUUCUAUGAGAGGAAACUGAAUUUCAAUUCUGUUGCUAGAUUCUUGGUUAGUUACCAGCACUGGACAUUUUACCCUGUUAUGGGUAUUGCUAGGUUUAACCUUUAUGCACAGUCAUUUCUCUACUUACUAGCUAAUACCAAAAAGGUACCCAAUAAAGGUCAGGAAAUUUUGGGGCUUGCUGUGUAUUGGAUUUGGUUUCCUCUGCUUGUUUUUUGCUUACCCAGCUGGGGAGAAAGAUUAAUGUUUGUGGUUGUGAGCUUUAAUGUGACUGGAAUUCAACAUGUUCAAUUCUGUCUGAACCAUUUCUCUACCAAUGUUUACGUCGGACCGCCUAGUGGUAACGAUUGGUUUGAGAAACAGACCAAAGGGACACUCAACAUAACAUGUCCAUCUUGGAUGGACUGGUUUCAUGGAGGUUUACAGUUUCAGAUUGAGCACCAUUUGUUUCCCAGAUUGCCAAGAUGUCAACUGAGAAAAGUCUCUCCCUUUGUGAAAGAACUAUGCAAGAAACACAAUCUGCCUUAUACAAGUGUGUCGUUUUGGAAGGCCAAUGAAAUGACACUGGGAACGCUUCGCACUGCAGCAUUGCAGGCUCGUGAUCUUGCAAAGCCAGUUCCGAAGAAUUUAGUUUGGGAAGCUGUUCAUACUCAUGGAUGAGGGAUGUAGGAAGAAGAAGCAAUUCUGGGUGUAAUAAAAUGUUUGAUUUUGAUUGAUAUUUUGAAGGCUGAUCAUGUAGAUCUUUCUUCCUUUUGUUUGUGAUCAAAACCACAGCUAGAGACUAUGAGAGAUGUAAGUAAUUAUUGUGCUUCCAUUUUUUAUUUUUCUCUUUGAAUUGGGUUUUGAAUGAAAGCUCCCGUCUUUUGUGUGUGUUUUGUUGUUCUGUUUUUAUAUUUAUUUUAUUGUGUUGGGGAUUUCCUCA